GGAAGGUUAGCCUGCUCCUCUCUCUGAGUCUGACGGCAGUCCGAGGUCGCGCUGGACACGCGACAGGACGGAGAUCGGAGAUCGGCUCGGCGGAGCGCGGCGGACCUGACCCGUCCUGUACCGUUACUUCUCACUGCGCAUCUCGGGACUGCGGCGCCGCUCCAAGUGCAAGUCGAAGGACAGUGCCACUGCCCCGCCUGGCGGGAUUUCUUUAUUCUCACAAAUACCUUUGUUUUCUCUCUCUCUCUCUCCCACUCAACUUUCUCACACACGAUGCCCGUUUAACCGCAGAAUCGAGGACAACUUUUUUUUUUGCUCGCUGACCAGCUGGGGCCACUUGAACUUCUCCACACAGGCUCCUCAACUCAAGUCUCUUUUCCGAAAUCGAAAGUCCAUCUUAUAUAGUCAUCAGCUUAGUUUAUUAAGGCUGAUGAAGCCUGGUACCGACGAUCCAUGAUCAUCAUGUAUAAGGAGCGGCUCUUCGUUUUCUUCCACUUCGCCGUGGCGGUGCGCGCGCUCGCUGCGUACCAGUGCGCGCCCUGCGAUGUGCGGCCGUGCGUGGACGAGUUUCCGCAGAGCUGCGCGGGCGGCCGCGUCCCCACGCGCGACCCGUGCGGGUGCUGCGUGCGCUGCAGCCGCCUUCGGUGGGAGCCGUGCGGGGGACACGACUGGAGCCUGGGCUACUGUGGCCCGGGACUGACCUGCGCGCCUCUCAACGGCACAGGGGCUCUGGAGCUGCCCGAUGCCGGAGUGUGUAAAGAAGUGAUGCCAGGCAGUCCCAGAGCAGGUGUGGAGGAUCAACAUUGCCCCUUGCAGAUGGGCUGCAACAGGAUAGGGGGACAGUGCUUCUGUGAAACCCGACACACUUGCAUCAGCACCUUCACGUACCCCAACAUGGAAGCGUGUGUCAGGGACAGCAGGACAGAGAACCGGCACCGUGGCUGGGAGCAUCAGAGGGAGAGGAACCACUUCGUGGGGCCCCCCAGUCCAGACUGUGUGUUCUCUGGGUGCAACCUGACGGAACAGGGCUGCUUCUGCCAGUCCCACAGCUGCCAGCCACACUUCUCCUAUGCCAACCGCAGCCACUGUGAGGCUGUCGCAGAGGAGCUGAGGUGCGCCGGGGUGGCCUGCCCAAGCGUGCUGUCUCCGGAUUGCCCUGCCGACUCAGCCCUGACCAAGAGCUACACGCCCCCUGCUGGCUGUUGCCCCACGGUGUUGCCCUUGUGCACUUGUGACUUCCGCACAUGCCACAGGCCUGAGUGCCCCAGUGGGCAUCAGCAGGUGCUCCUCAAAGAGGCCACAGGCAGACCCGGAGACUGCUGCAGUUUGUACGAAUGCCAGAGAGUUUCUCCCAGAUGUGCGCACAAUGGGAAGGAGUUUUCUGACGGCGAAGUUUACCACAUGGAUCCAUGCUGGCUCUGCCAAUGUCGAGGGGGCAUCUCCUUCUGCUCCCAAGCUGAGUGUGCUGAGCUGGACUGCCAGAACUUCUAUAUACCGGAGGGAGAGUGCUGUCCCGUGUGCAUAGAUGUGGAGCUGCUGGCAGCAGAGAGCACAGAGGCCAGCUGCUGGGUGAACAACAGGCUGCGGAGGCACGAGGAGCAGUGGAAGGAGGACGAUUGCACCUUCUGCCAGUGUGUGAACGGGGAGCCACACUGCACUGCCAUGGCCUGCAAGCAGAGCUGCCAGAACCCUGUGCGGAUCCCUGGGGAGUGCUGCCCUUUCUGCGAGGAGCCCACCUAUGAGACGGUGAGCCCCGUCCUGUGCCCUCGCCUGGUGAACUGCUCCCUGUCCAGUGCCGACUGCCCCCACGGCUUCCUGCAAGACAAAAACGGCUGCCUGCUCUGUCAGUGCCUAAACAACAACUCCUGCCCCAAUCUGGCCCAGCACUGCUCCCUUCAAUGUCCCUUGGGCUACGAGAAAGAUGAGUUUGGCUGUGAAGUGUGUGAAUGUAUCCCUCCGUCCCCCAAAUGUCGACCGUUGUCCUGCAGUAAGACCUGCCCCUACGGAUACGUGAGGAACAAGCAUGGCUGUGAGAUGUGCCGCUGCGUGAAGUGUCCUCCCUUCACCUGUGACAAGCGCUGCAGUGACGGCUACCAGCAGAACAAGAAGGGCUGCUCCAUAUGCCUGUGUAAAGAGAGCAGCCACCCUCCAAGCACAACCCCACCAACGCCAGCCCUCAAUUACUGCCUCACCAGCAACGGGCACCGCUACGAGGACAGCGAGAGCUGGCAUGAUGGCUGCCGCGACUGCUACUGUCACGGCGGGCGGGAGAUGUGUGUUCUCAUCACCUGCCCCGUGCCUGGCUGCCCGCACCCGGUGGUCCGGCCUGAACAGUGUUGCCCGUCCUGUGAAGAUGAGUCGGGCAGUGGCCAGACUGAAGGGAUGGACCUUGUGGUUUGCCGGGCACCAGGAGGAGAAUUCUAUGUGGAAGGGGAGACCUGGAAGCUGGACGACUGCACGCGCUGCACCUGCAGGAAGGGGCGGGUCCUAUGUGACACUGAGGUGUGCCCUCCCGCCCUCUGUCAGGCUCCAACCAGGAACAAGGACACCUGCUGCUAUGUGUGCCCAGAGGACCAGCUCAAGCCCCUCCUCCCAGUCAACAGCAGCCAAUUGGAGUACUGCAUCUCCAGCGAGGGGGACAUCCUGCUGGCUGGUGACUCCUGGAAGGCCAAUGCCUGCACGAGCUGCACAUGCAUCAAUGGCACCAUCCAGUGCUUCUCACACCAGUGUCCACCAGCAAAUUGCAGAGUGCCUGUGCUGCGCAAGGGCCAGUGCUGCCCACAUUGCCUGGAUGUGACAACAACAACAGUUCCAGUGACUGUGUCUACCACGGCAGCCAAACAGAAUACCUUGUCUCCGGCAGACAGUGGGAUCUGGAUCACCACCACCACCGGGAUCCCAUCUAUUGUGGCAGCUACUGGUGGGAAAGGCCUAAAUGAAGAAUUCCCCACUCAGACAGAAGUAGUGAUGAUCUACCAGUCAGCAGCCUGGAUCCUUGCUGGCCUCCUCCUGGCCAUCGUCAUCUUCCUUGUCAUUGCACUCCUUGUCAAUAAGAAAAAAAAGUGGGUGCAGAUGUCCUGCUACAGUGCACCAAAAAAGACGGUGAUCCUGCAGAAGCACAUUAACAAGAGCUCUGUAGUGUAUAUGGAACCAUCCAAGGAGAACAAGUUCCAGAGCACAAAAAAUGACAGUGGGGUCCACUUUGGCCUUGAAGCAAGCUCACCGUGCAGGGACAGGCUAAGUAUUCCCAGGGCAAAACUCAGCCAGGGGCCUGGCAGGGACCUGUAUUAGGCCUGCUCCAGUGGCCCGUUUCAUGGAAUAUGUUGUCUUCACCCCAUACUUUUCCAUAAAGAUCACAAAGACACAAGUCUGGGAUGCUCAAGGCCAACCCCUAAACAGACAAGGAGCUUUGGUUCUGCAGGAAAAUCCAUUGCAAAAGAGCAUUUUGUUGACUUUUAAUAUACCAGACUUCAAAGUUGGGAGCUUUAAGACCCAGUUAAUUUUUAAGGGAUGAACAGGAAGCCACACUCUCUGGGAGGACAGCAACGGGACAGUGGUUCAGCUUGGCACUGUGGAUGCUGCUGAAAAUUCUCUUCUCCCAUCAGCCGAAAUCAAGCCGAGUGGUGACUGGAUACUAAUAAAAGCAAAUAUGAAGUGCUUUAAGAUAUAUGUGGCUCCACAUAUCUUGCUUGUAUAUUUACAUAUGUGUAACAUGUUAUUUUUCACACUCACUUCUCAACUACCGCUGCUGAAAUCUUGCUGGUGGCAAGUUUUCAAGCUGUGAACACCUGACUAAACAUUCCCCAGUGACUCCCAAGAAUGGAACUUUCAAUCUUUUAUUUCAACCAAAGCAACAGCAACCAGUUAGGAAUUCAAACUGACCUAUGAGAGUGAUGAAGGACACGAAACACUACUGAACCCAUGUCUGCAGAUAUACUGUACAUCCUGCACUGUUAGCUCUCCUCAGCUCUUUGUUUUAGGCUUUGGUUCCUCAUCCCCAUGAAUUUUAUACAUAGCACAGAAAUAGGACUUUGAAAAAGACCUGAAACUGGGUGUUUAACUAAAUGAUGGAAAAUGACAUUGCCACAUCUUCCUCACAUAAGGGAGCCAUGCUGUCCAUCAUCUCCAUCAAGCUGAGAAGCCAAUAAUGAGUACCUAGGAUCUUGUUUUCAAUGUUACAUAUAAAAACCCCUGAAGAAAACAGCCGCAACUAUUUGACAAGAUCAGUUCCAGAGGAAAAUUUGUGGAGGGGUGCCUCACCUUUGACAUCUCACCAAUUCACAAAAAAUUGAUUGAUAGGAGAAAUAUUUUAUAAUCUUUCUGAGAGAACAUCUUUACAUAGCGUUUACUAUUUAUUUACAUUUAUAUAUUAUUGGUUGUUUGAUAUUGGCUGUGUGCUAAUUUGUUUUUGUCAUCUUUUUGCCUGAGAUGUUUUCAGGACUUAAAGGAAAUUAACACAAAAGACUAAAUUAGCUCCAGAAUGCAGUAAGAUGUUGAGGCAGCCUCAGACCUAAUAGUUUUUAAAACACAAUAUACUGUAUAUAAUGCUGCUGCAAAAAGUUGCGUGUGAAUGAAAACUUCAUUUAAAAUGGCAGAGAUUUCCCUAGUUCACUACUUCCAUAUUAAAAGACCCAAAAGCUUACAGCAGCAAUGCUUGUGAAGGUCUGAAGUCAGACCAUAACUGUUUCGGGAAAACGGCGCCUAACCUUGUCUGACCGUAGUGUACAUCACACAGCAAUGCAUGUAAUGCAGCAUACAUGUGUAACAUUAAAAAAAGGACUAGAAACACUUAGAAACAGUAAAUCAGUAUGCCACCAUAUGGAGCACUAAAGAACCAAAAUCCAAGACUUAAAUAUUUGUUUUUAUGAAAAAGAUAUGAGGUCUUUGUGAAUGAAGUACAGUUCAGGCUUUGUGUUUGUAAUUUCUAAAUGUAUAAAGAGUAGAUUAAAGUAGCAUACAGAGUACCUUAUUUAUUUUUUCACAUAGCUUUAUUUAUUAAUAUUAUAGUUUAAAUGAGUACUUUCUGGCAAGUAAUCAUUGUAGUCAAAGCUGCUGUAUGUAGUAGAUACUAUACACCAUUUCCCACCUGUAUCUGCUUUGCUAUUUAGGCUUAUUUAUUUUCUCAGAUGGAAACUGUAAAUACCCCUCUUAGAUGUUUGAACUGUAACAGUGGCCUUUAUUUUCUUGGAAUAAAACAGUGUGGAUAAUAAAGCUUGUCUUCUCUUAUUAGAUUAUGAACCAAUAAAGACCAUGACAGGUCAUAGGUGGAAUUAGUGCAGUCAUAUCACUCCAAAGAUGUCCUUUAAGUG